AUGGGUAUUUUUUUAAAGCUCUUGGUUUUCGCUGCUUCCGUCUAUAGCUCUUUGCAGAAGGACAAAGCUAUCUUGGAAAGGCAGAUCAUCAAGCUCAAGGAUGGCAGUGAAGCAGCGAAUAGGAUGGUGAAGGAGAUGUCACAGAAGAACAAGGAGAUGGCGAAUGGAAGAAAGGAGGCGGAGAGGGAGAAGAAGCAGGCGGAGGGAGAGAAGGCAAAGGCGGAGAGAGAGAAGGUGAAGGCGGAGAAGGAGAAGGUGAAAGCAGAGAAGCUGAUGAAGGAGAUGGAGAAGAAGAUGAAGCUAGAGGAGAGGAAGAGGGGGUAUGUGGAGCGUCUGAAUCAGGUCCUUCUGGAGAAGCUCUGUCAUAUGCAGCAGGACAUCGCUCAAAAGACUGAUGACAUCGCUCAAAAGACUGAUGACAUCGCUCUUAACACUCAGAUAAUAGCUCUCAAGAAUGAACAGAUCAGUCAGCUCAAAGGGAUCAAUGACAAGCUGCAAGAGAUCACAGAUCUGAGACUCAUGCGAGAGGCCAAGACCAACGUAGACCGGGUCGUCAUUGCCUGCCUCAACUUCGUCUCACCUCAAGAACUGGCCAUCCAGGACCUGAUGUCCUUCAACCAUUCCUCAGCAUCGGGUCAGACCAUCCUGGAGUUUGUGGGUAAGGGUGGCUAUGGUGAGGUGAUGCUUGGACGUCUCAAUGGAGAGAAAGACCCUGUGGCCAUCAAGAGGGCGCUAGUCAAGCAGAACCUGACGGCUGAACUGGAGGAAUCCGACAGGAAGCGACGCAACGUCCGCUACGAGAAGGAAGCCCAAGCUGGUCUCGUGAUGUCUACCUCGCCCUACUUCCCUCGUUUCUUGGGGACCGUGAUGAUCAAUGGAGAUCACUGCCUUGUCACGGAAUUCAUCGGCGAUAAGAUCCAGGGCAAGUCCUACGUGCUCUAUGAUGCCAUCAUCCCCAGGAAAGGAUGUGAUCCUGAGCCGGAUGUCCAGAAGUGGAACUUGGUAGCCAUUGGUGAGGACAUCAUCAGAGGUGUGAUGGCUCUCCAUGGCCGCUCUCUCCUGCACAAUGACAUCAAGGAUGACAACGUGCUUCUGGAGUACAGGAAGAACCGCUGGGUGGCAGUCAUCAUCGACUUGGGUAUGGUGAGCAUAGCGACAUAUCCUUACUUCUCAGGGUCCAAUGGAUCCAUGUCAACUCACGCAAAGGGCUACUUUAUCCAUACCGCACCAGAAGUCCUGAAGGGCUGUGCCACUUCAGUGGCUUCUGAUGUGUACUCUGUGGGCAUCAUCCUGGAUUGCAUCGGGGGAUUCAUCAAGGACGAUAGCCUCCGCACAUUGGGUGACAUGUGCUGCAAGGAAGAUCCUAAGGACAGGCCAGGUGACAUGGAGGAGAUGCUCCCUGGAGUGGUUCACAUCAAGGAGAAGCACAUGACAGUGGCUCGGCUGGCAGGCGAGUUGCUGGAGGCGGAUACAGAGGAGGAACAGGAGUCGGAAGAGGAGGAGGAGGAGAGGGGAGAUGAGGACUUCCUAACUGACUUGUCCGAGGCGGAAGAAGCAGAGGGGGAGAAGAAAGAGGGCGAUGCUGAAGUAGAGGAUGAAAGACGUCAAGAGGGGCUGGAAGAGGAAGUCUGGGAGGAGGGCCAAGUGGAGGAAGAAGGUGACGAUGCUUGGUUGCUUCACAAUGAAGGAGAGGAGCCAAAUGGAGAGGAGGUGCAGAGAGGUGCAGAGGGAGAAGCAGAUGCGGAGGUGGUAGAGGAUGUUGCUGAGGAAGACAGGGGAGAGGCCAAAAGACACCAGGAGGUGGUUGAUGAAGCAGAGGAGGAAGGGAGGGAGGAGGGUAACGAGGCAGGAGAUGGGGAAGCAGAACACGGUGAUGCUGGACAGGGUGUGGCAGGAGAAGAAGCUCUACAGGGCCUUGCGAUGCGGAACGACGAGGGGAUGGACCUUGCAGUCGAGGCCCUGCAUCCCAAUGCAGAGGAAGCAGAGCAGGGCGGAGAGGAGCUAAUGCUGGAGGAUGGAGAAGAAGGAGCCAAUGAGGAGGGAGGAGGGAGAAACGACGGAGAGGUCAUAGAGGAAGAUGAUGGGAUUGGAUGAAGAGGCCUAAAGUAUCAGUUAGAGGAGGGGAGGAUACCCUCAAGGGAGAAACAGAGAAUUAGCUCAGGGCAGCACAGGAGUGACCUUUAAGCAUCAGAAUUAUCAUUUAAAUGCAAAAACCUGCAAAUAAGAGCACCAUCAUAGUUAGACCGGGGGAGGUCUUGUGAGAAAAGUGUCAACUGCUGAAAAAACGGAUCAUCAAAUUUGAUGGAGCGAGAGAAAAAGUAGGAAAACUCUAUAAAAAGCAACAAAGCAACAAAUUUGAUGGAGGGGAGAGAAAGCAGAAAACCUCUGAAGAAAAAGAAAUCAACAGAUUUGGUGAUGGGAGAGAAGGCAGAAAGAAUCUCCAAUGAACAACCUAUCAACACAUUUGCUGGACUGGAGAGAAAGCUGGAAAACUCUCAAAGAAGCGGCAACAAAUCACAAAUUUGAUGGAGGGCAGAGAAAGCCAGAUACACUCUCGAAGAAGCAGCAGAUCAAGAAAUCUGAUGGAGGGGAGAGAAAGCAAGAAAACUCUCGAAAAAGCAACAGAACAACAAAUUCGUUGGAGGGGAGAAAGCAAGAAAACUCUCAAAGAAACAACGAAUCAACAAAUCUGAUCAAGGGGAGAAAGCAUGAAAACUCUCAAAGAAACAACGAAUCAACAAAUCUGAUCAAGGGGAGAAAGCAUGAAAACUCUCAAAGAAGCAGCAGAUCAACAAAUUUGAUGGAGGGAGAGAAAGCAAGAAAACUCUCAAAGAAGCAACAAAUCAACUAAUUUGAUGGAGGGGAGAGAAAGCAAGAAAACUCUCAAAGAAGCAACAAAUCAACAAAUUUGA